AUGAGUAUGUUUUUCUUAGAAAAAGAUUCUUCGUAUAUUAGUGAUAAGUUGGCUUCUUUUUAUUAUGCGCGCACAUUAAGAUGUGUCGUAUUGAAACAUUUUAAACAAAGAAAGGGUGAACCAGCACAGUCUUUACAAUAUGUCACGACUUUUUUGCUACAGUUUUUUCUCAGCAAGCUUUCACGUAGAGAAAUGGAAAUUUCAGCAUCUUUAUCACGACAUUUUGUUAAAUACAAUGCAACUUUCAUUCUGAAACUUUUUUUUGCAAUUUGGGGUGAAAUGGCCAGCCAAAUACCAGAAGAGCAUAUCCGGCAUUGUAUGCUUUUUGAGUUUCGCAAAUGUAGUAACGCAACAGUUGCAACCAAAAACAUUUACGAUGCUUAUCCAAGUGCAUUAAACGUUCGUAAAUGCCAAAGAUGGUUCUUUAAGUUCAGAUCCGGUAAUUUUGAUCUCUCUGACUCUUAUCGAUCAGGAAGACCAAUAACAUUAAACAACGACAUGCUAAGGGCAGAAGUGGAAGCAAAUCCAUGUCAGACAAUCGAGGAACUCUCAAACACCCUUAACCAACCUUGGUCGACCAUCCAAGAACAUUUGCAACAGAUUGGAAAAAUAAGCAGAGCAGAUGUUUGGGUCCCCCAUAAUCUGUCUGAAGAGAACAAAGCUAACCGAUCCAUCACAUGCAACGUAUUGCUUCAACGGCACCAUACAGAACCGUUUUUUGAUCGCUUGAUCACUGGAGAUGAAAAAUGGGUCCUAUAUGAUAAACUAAAACGCAAAAGGCAGUGGCUCUCUCCAAAUGAAUCACCACGAAUGCUGAAACCUGGACAAACUGUUAAUGCAGAUCUUUAUUGUGAACAAUGGGAUCGAGUGAACCAAUCUUUAAUCGAAAAACUGCACUGUGCAAGACGAACCUUGGAAAAAAUUAAUGAAUUGGGGUGGGAGGUACUGCCUCACCCACCAUACUCGCCCGAUAUCGCAUCCUCGGAUUUCCAUUUAUUCCGAUCGCUACAACAUUUUCUUAGUGGCAAAAAAUUUGAAAAUUUGGAUGAUGUCUAA